AUGAAUCAUCCAAGUGGUCCCAACGACACUCUUGCUUCCAGCAAUAGCACCUAUGGUGUCAGUAUCAGCCCUCUCCCGCACACCAAUCUGGCACCCUUACUACCACCCAACAACAACGUCAAUAACGCGAGCAACGCCAUGUCAGAAACGUCCUCCGUCAAGAACUGCAACAACAAACGUCCUUUAGUUUCCAAUGCCAGUGCCAGUUCUAGAACCACCAAGACUACUACAAAGACUACCAAAACUACCAAUCACAAUGGGGAACCACUCAGUGAAAAGAAACUCCGACGAUUGGAGAAGAAUCGCCUCAGUGCCAGAGAAUGCCGACGUCGUAAGAGGGAGGCAACAGAGAAUUUGCAGCGUCAAAUUAAUGUUUUGGAAGGAGAGAAUCUCAGAUUGCGACUCCAAUUGCAGGUUGGAGAAGAAGCUGAAGCCAGCAACCAACAGGAACAGAAGAAAAUGAUGGAGUCCUUGGAUUCUCUACUUAAGAGUGGGGCUUCCGAAUCUGAGAUUUAUGCUUCCAUUGAAGAGUACAAGGAAAAGUUUGCGGAUUAUGGAAGGGAUAGGCGCUCGGCCAUUGAAUUUCACUUGAGAAAUGUGGAAAGAUUGCUAUUGCCCACCCAAACCACCAAUGUAUUGGUCAAGACUCUGCAAAUGAGUAACCAUGUGCACGAAAUGAGUACGAGUACCAACGCAAGCGAUGAUAAUGGCAAUGACAACAACAACGACAAUGACAACGAUAACGAUGCAACUACUGUCAACGUGAAUGCACCAGUAUCUGGAGGCGGCGAAAGCAAUCCUGUGGCUCCAGGGUCGUCGGAACAAUCAACAGAAGCUCCACGACUACAGGACAUGGAACCAACUAUCGCAUCAUCCGAGAUUGAAGCCACACAACAGUCUCUGCCCUUUUCCGAUAUGAAAUCCUUGUUCAAUCACUUGGUCGAAUUAUUGGAAGUGACCCCAAACCAAGCUGCUGCCCUAAAGGAUUCCCGCCUUGUUGCACAAGAAAUGGACGAAUGCCUAAAGAAUAGUUUGAACGUACUGGGCGAACUACGAAACCGUCUGUUGCAAUGCGGGGAUUCUCUCGAGUCAGAAUUCAACACCAUUCGGACAAUUCUAACUCCAACUCAGGCAGCCAAGUUUUUGGUAUGGGUGGCCAACAAUAAGGCUUGUAUGCACAUGCUAAAUGAAUUGUGGGAUCGGGUGUAUUUGCAACAAACUGAUGACAAUGGCACCAAUAAUAACAAUAACACUGCUACUGCAGGAAUGGAAGCGUCGUCCAGUGGCACUGACUUGUCCGCUGGCAACGUAGCGGCGGAAACGACAACUGGAAGUGCCAAUGCUUCGCCUAGAUGA